AUGGAUUUGGUAGAUAGCAACCUGAUACUGUACCGUACUGGUCGGUAUACAGGGACGGGAUGAUCUAGAAUGGACGGAUGAAAUGCUUUAAAUGUAACGUAUCGGUGGAUUUCGCUACUCUUCCAUUAUCAAAUGAGUCCGUUGUUAUUAGGAUAGAAUGUGUGUAGUCCUAACGGUUAAAUAGACUAGAUGAGCUAUGACUGGAGAGCUAAAUACGGAAAAUGAAGAGACCCAACGGAAUGGUGGCAGAUUUGGUGCGUUACAACACUGUCUUGUGGGACGUUUGUGAUGGAGCCGUUUUACUUUUUCACUAAAACAAGCAGAUGUAAGAAUGCGUAACAGUACUUUAAUGGUUGGAAGUAAUGUCUAAACAUUUUGGCUAAAUAUUAAUGUAUUUUCGGGUUCUGCUUGCUCACUAACAUCAGAUAAUAAUCUCGGGUAUACAAGCGUAGACUACAUUUAGCUGGCAUGCCAAGUGUGUGAAUAGGAGGAACUUUAAAAUAUCUAUCCCGCCAUUGUGCCCUUGGGUAGGGCGCUUAACCUAUAACCUGCUCCAGAGCCGCUGUACGGCCACUGACCGACCCGUGCCUCUCUCAACGUGUGUUUCUACACCGAGGAGGAUUUGGAAAGGCAGAAGACAACUUUCCUGUUGAAGUUUCACCCAACAAUGGACGACACGAUUAUAUUCUACUCUGUUCUGUUGUCGUAGAACACCGCAGUUCAAAAUGAACGUGUUGAAAAUGAGGAAAACCGUAUUAAAAGAAGCGGUUAAACGCUUUCCGUGGCUAGCCAACGUUACUCUGUAUGGCUGCCUGUUUGCCGGCGGCGACUUCGUUCAUCAGAUGAUCGCACAAAGAGAAGAGAUGGACUGGAAACACACCAGAAAUGUUGCCAUAGUGGCCAUCAGUUUCCAUGGAAACUUUAAUUAUUUCUGGUUGCGGGCUUUGGAAAGCCGUUUCCCGGGAAAAUCUCCCGGAAUGCUCUUCCGCAAACUGCUCCUGGACCAAAGUUUUGCAUCACCCUUGGCAACGAGUGUCUUCUACACAGGAGUGAGUUUCUUGGAGAAUAAAGACGAUGUCUUCGAGGACUGGAGAGAAAAGUUCCUCAACACGUACAAGACUGGACUCAUGUACUGGCCUUUCAUGCAGUUCCUAAACUUCCUCCUGAUGCCUCUGUACCUGAGGACAGUCUUCAUGGGCUGCUGUGCGUUCCUGUGGGCCACCUUCCUGUGUUUCUCCCGGCAGAGCGGGGACGGUACGGCCAGCGUGGCCCUCGCCUUCGUCCUGUAUCCCAAACAGAGGCUGCAGGCCGCCCGGGAGGCCCACCUCGCACGCAGGAAACAGAAAGAAGAGGAAGAACAGCAGCAGAGCACUGACAACUAACUGAAUUGGUUCAAUGAGAUUGGAUUCAGGAAACAGGAAACAGAAGAGGACCUGAGCACUGAAAACUGAACUGCUAAAAUGUUAUUUCAAAUGAAUUUCAACAAAACGUUGUUAUAUCUCCCUGUCUCCAAGGGCAACAAGACAAGGAACGAGGGCGUGGUUAGAGGGCGAGAACACAACGGCAUCAUGUGAGGCCAGGCUCUCACACCUUACAAAAAAACACAGUGAGAACUUAAUCAGUUGGAUUGAAUAUAACUUUAUUGAUAUCCUCAGGGGAAAGGAGGAGUGAAUAUAACUUUAUUGAUAUCCUCAGGGGCAAGGAUGAGUGAAUAUAACUUUAUUGAUAUCCUCAGGGGCAAGGAGGAGUGAAUAUAACUUUAUUGAUAUCCUCAGGGGCAAGGAGGAGGCAUUGUUGGAGCACAGUUAUAUCAUUUAAGCCUACUGUACAUAUACAAAUACAUUCAUCUAAUACUAUGCCAGCAACACGUACAGUGGGACUAGUACCUCCAUCUAAUACUAUGCCAGCAACAUGUAACAGUGGGCCUAAUACCGCCAUCGAAUACUAUGCCAGCAACACAUACAGUGGGCCUAAUACCUCCAUCUAAUACUAUGCCAGCAACACGUACAGUGGGCCUACAUUACAAACGUUACAUCACUGAUUCAAUUCAACACAACUUUAUCAAUCCCGUCAAGGGCAACCCAGAAAGCACAGUCGGACACGGAACACAUUACUUACAGACAUUCAGACUGUACAGGUGUAGAAGUGCAAUACAUUUAGUGAAACAGAAGUUACUCUGAGAUGCUUGAUACAUACAUCUACGGCCCCUGGAGUUGUUUGUAAGACAAACAUGUUGGGUGGAUGAGAGAGAGGAGGUGUUAGAUGAUGUGAUUACAGGGAUGUUCCUCAGGGAGAGGAGGUGUCAGAUGUUGUGAUUACAGGGAUGUUCCUCAGGGAGAGGUGGUGUCAGAUGUUGUGAUUACAGGGAUGUUCCUCAGGGAGAGGUGGUGUUAGAUGAUGUGAUUACAGGGAUGUUCCUCAGGGAGAGGUGGUGUUAGAUAAUGUGAUUACAGGGAUGUUCCUCAGGAAGAGGUGGUGUUAGAUGUUGUGUUUUGCAGGGAUGUUCCUCAGGGAGAGGUGGUGUCAGAUGUUGUGAUUUGCAGAGAUGUUCUUCAGGGUGUGUAUUUGAUGUUCAUGUAUAUAUGUAAAAUGUGUUUAUUCUAUGCUCUCAAUUUCUAUGUCCCAUCGGUUGUGCCUUCUGUUGGUAACAAGAACCCUUCAUGUUCUGGUCUAGAUGUAGUUAGUUCUUACUCAGAGAAACUGUGUGUGUUUUUGUGGCUUUUUGUGUGUGUGUGUGUGUGUGUAUGUAUAUAUAUAUGUAUA